GCCGCUCAGCCGGCCCCUCAGCGGACGAGCUCGUCGGCCAUCUUCCCCGGCCCCGUCGCGGAAGACCUCGAAGAGCUCCACCCGCCCGGAGCCCCGUUCCGAACGCGCCGAGCGCGCUGGCGGGAGCGGGGCCAGUAGCGCGCUGGCGAAGUGGCGGCAACUUCCACGGGAGGAACCGGGAUCUUGGGUGCCUCCACCGCUGGAAGCUCAACUGGAGGCUAUCGGCAUGGAACAUCAUGAGGAUGCUGCCAAGGUGAUGGCGGAAGGCAAGGAGCUGGAAUUGGAAUUAGAGGAGGUGUAUCCAGAGAAGCAUCGAACUACGGUGGAGAUGCACAAGCUGCAACGAAUCUUGCAGCCCCUGAGCCCGCUCUUUCUUCCACAAUUACCUCCAAUCCCUGAUACUUGGAUGUUUGAGUCCAAAGAGACGCCACAGAGCUUCAAGGAUUAUGUCUUGGAACGGCCACCAGCACCUGCCAGGGCACAUUACAAGAUCUAUUUGCUUCCACUGACGGAGCCCGGUGGUGGGCAUGAGCAUGUGGGCACCUUGCCGGACCUUCGAAUUCUCCAACGCUUCGUCGAAGCGUGGUUCGACUUGCCCUGCAAGGUCCUGCCCUUCGAUCCGCUCCUGACCGGCAAGGGCAUCGCAUCUCGAGGUAAUGGACAUGGAAAUGACCUUCAGUACCAUGCCAAGGAUAGUUUGAGGCAGAUCCGCAUCCGUCUUCCGAUGGAUGGGUUUUGUAUCAUUGGUAUCACCAUGGCUGACCUCUUCGAGAGUUCGCAGAUGUUUGUCCACAGCAGCUUGUCCCUCCGAGAUAGGGCUGGCAUCUUCUCCUUGUGUCGACUGGAUCCUGCCUGGUACCGCGUGAGCUGCCAGAUGGAUUUCAAUGCCCUGCGAGUGGUCGAAGGCUAUCCGAAGGAACGUCGCGAGGGCGAUUUGGAAACACUCCUUCGAAGGGCUCAUGGGAUGCUCUCCCAUGAUUUGGGCCACUUCUUUGGGAUGAGACACUGCCAGUUCUACCUCUGCCGGAUGCAAGGCAGUAGCGGCUUGCACGAGAGUGAUGCGAACCAAGACCAGGUCGACCUGUGUCCGGUGUGCUUGCGCAAGCUCUCGUGGAAUCUGGCCUGCGGUACCCACGAAGCUUCUCCACCUGACCUCACAACCUGGUGUAUCCUGCGCUAUCGCCGCUUGUUGGCACAUGCUGAACGUUUAGGCCCUGUCUUGCACGCCUACAAGCUCUGGCUACGCAGCCGCCUGGCCCAGUUGGACUUCAACGUGCUGCCCGCGGCCGCCGCCGCCGCGGCCGCGGUGUCGGUGGCCUCGGCCGUGAGGAAGGACGGCCUGGAAGAAGAAGAGGCGGAGCAGGCGCAGGAUGUGAUCCAGCUGACCCCUGACAGUCGUGCGAAGCACGAGGCGGAGCUCCUGAUGCUCUUCUCUCGUCACGAUGAAGACGGUGAUGGCCGGAUGAAGGUGAAAGAGUUUUGCCGAUUGAUCUCCUCGGUGGAUGAAGCAUUCUCUGCGAUCUCAGCGAUGAAGAUGUUCGAAGCGGCAGAUGUGAACAAGGAUGGCUCAGUGGAGGUGAAAGAGUUCCUGUCAUGGUUACUGCUGCCGGACGAUCCGGGAGAAGCGGAGGUGAGGAUCCUCAAGCGGCUCUCAGCAGUGUCUCGCCUUGCACGUCAGCACACCAGUGAGGAGGAAUUGGACUUUUUGCCAAAGCACUUGUAG